AUGUUGGAGAUGUCUCCUUUUAGACUAGCGGUAAGAAGCUUUCGUGAUAAUGAGCCACACUAUCCCUUAGGUGGCCCAGCACCUUCAGCGGGUAUCCUUAUACCAUUUCUCAAAUUACAGUCCAAUAUGGCAGCGGCCACAAGUCUCAAGGGGAUGAUUACUACUAGCCGUAAUCUUAUAUUACGAGGGGAGAGAAAAUGCAUUUGGGUGAAUCUCGAUCGGAGCUACCUAGCUGGCCAUGUUCAAGUGAAAAGGACUUGGCUGAGAGGAAGUCAUCAGGAGUCCAAAAAUCUUCUGUGGAAGAAAUGCCGUGAGGACUUCUGA